AUGGAGAAAUUAAAGAAGACAAUCUCAAAUAAUGUCGAUACAUUCACCGAUUCAAUCAUCAUAGCCCAUGACAAGGGUCAAACUAAAGUGAUUGCACUUACUGAAGCAGCACCUGCCGUGGUACCUCCUAAGAAGACCUCGAAUAAGAAAUCGGAUGAGGCUGAUGCGAAAGAUGUUGGUGUGAAGAAUGUUGCUGAGAAGAAGGUCGCUGCAACUCCUGCUAAAACUGAUCAUCUUGAUUUCCUUAAUAUUUCUCCUGCUAAGCGUCCAGCCUAUAGACGCGGCUGCAAGGUCAAUCCAAAACAGAAAGAUGAGGCUACUCAGAAGGCAGAGGCUGCUUUAAAGAAGAAGGAAGUGGCUGAGUUAAAGAAAAAGGAAGCGAAGCAAGAAGUCGCUGCUAAAAAGAAGGAGGCUGCAUCAAAGAAGCAAAAGGUGGGUGAGAUAAAGAAGGAGGGCGUUAGUACACCGCGUGCCAAUGUAAUAAGAGUAACGAUUCUAACUCUACAGGACAGUUCCAUUGCGGAUGUGACAGACGACAUUAUCGCGGCACAGAACGAAGUGUUCCCGGAGUCUGAUGUCAAGCAAGAGGAAGUGGCUAUAUCUGCUAGGAUAAAGGAGUAUCGGGAGAGACAUGUUCAAUUAUCUACACAUGUUUGUUCAUUGGUGGGAGUUUCUUCAGAACCAUGUUUUCCAUACAUUGGAGACGAUGGAACGACGUGCAUGAGGAAGAAUUUUGAGCAUUCAACCGCUAGAUAUGAUCCUCUAGCACCUAUUGAUCCUUUAAACAUACUCAUCAUUGAAAGACCAGGGCCAUACCAGCAAUAUGGAUGGUUGUUUGAUAAUCAUGUCGCUGCGUAUAUGAAAGUUCUCAUUGGAAGGUCCAUGCAAAAUCCCACCCCAUUAUGGUCGAAGCACAUUGUCUUUAUUGACCCUUGGUUCCUCACCAUGUGGGUUCACGAUUAUGCCCAGUUCAAGAUAAAACCUGAUCGAUUUAUUUUCAAAGGCAGUGGGUAUGAAAAGUUAGUCAACGGUAUGCUUCCCGCUGAAAAUCCAACAAACUUGAAGUGGGUUGAAGAUGUGGAUCAUUUGUUCGGAGUGCUUCAAGUAAAAGGCGAUCACUGGGUGGCAUUUCAUGUGGAUCUGGUAAAGGAGAAGGUUGAUUGCUACGAAUGUAUCAUUGGACAGAUGACAAAAAAAAGUGAGAAUAAAAUGGUAGAGGAAUUUAAGCCGAUAACGCAAAUGCUGCUUGCGAUGUUGAAUGCUAUCAUUCCUGCCAAUCUCCGAAAACCAAGUAAAAAGCAGUUACCGUUCAGAAGGAGGAGUCCCCAAAACGUUCCACAGAACACCCUAAGUGGCGAUUGUUGGGUGUAUCGUUAA